AUGGCAGCGGCUGCAGAAGGUGGUCUCGAUGUCGACUGGUUACUUCACUCCAAGAAGGACCAUAUUAACCAUCUUGGUGAAAAGACCGAUAAGCUCGCAGAGGGCCAAAACAGAUCACAGCAACCUAGCCCAGUACCCUCAAUACACCUCCCCGAAUCAUCGUCGCCCGGUCCACCACGAGACACCGCUUCUCCCAAACCAGCCCCAAGAGAAAUAGAAUCGUUGCCUCCUGAUGCAAAACAUGAGAAACAUGUUCAAACACCUCGAGAGAAGGGUGAUGCUCUACAAGCUGCCGCAGCCAGAGCAGUCGGGUCCUCUUCGUCGCAUGGUUCACGCCCUUCCCUAACAAGAGGUCAAAGUAGCGAGGACACCAAGAAGAACCUGCGUCCAGCCCCGGCAAACAAGAAAGAUGGGAGAAGAAGCUCAUGGAUUUCGAGUUUCAGCUCGAAAUUCGGCUCGUCCUCGACCACCGCACCUACAAACAAUCGCAAUGGGUUCACCGAAGCCACCAGCCACGCAAAUGGCACUUCUCCUCAGUCCAGUCCUAAAAUCGAGUUGACGAAUCCCUUCAACAAGACGCAGCCUUUACAAGAGGCCCAGAAGCCUGAGACCAAACCCUCUCCUGUCGUUAUCGGCCCACGAAGGCCAUCCGUCUUAGUUGCCGCUGGUAAGGAGACGAAACUCGAACACCCUGGAUUCCUGUCCAGUGCACUGCGAAGGCUGUCUUCAUCGACAAACACGACUAUGGGUAAAAGUGCUGGCUCGGGCGCCCUCUGCCCUAGAAAAAUCAUGAACAUAGACCUGAACCGCGAACGCGCAAAGCUCAGCGACUUUGACCAGAACAAACUCAGGCGAGUGGCCUUCUGUGUCGAUGUUGAAAUCGCCGGGUUCGCAUCACAGGCGGACGAGGAUCCAGAGCAUCAUAUUCGACCUCCAGUGUCGGCUGCGCAGAAACAGAGUAUCUCGACACCUGACACACAAGUCACGGGUAAAAAGGACUCUAAAGAUGCGAGAAUGAAGGACAAGGGCGAGGGUGCCGCUCUGAAAAAUCCUGCUACCGUUUCUCAGGAAAAAGAGACUUUAGGUCAAACCAAGACCGAUUCCGCCAUCGAAGCCAACGAGAACGCCGAAACAACCCCUCCAACCACAGAAGAAGCUCCCAAGUCAGACGAACUUGCCCCGCCUCCCACCACACGGAAAAGGGAGAAGAAAAAGCGCUCCGAGGCCGAAAGGAAAGAACGAAAAGAGCGCAAACGAAAACACGCAGAAGAUAAUGGGCUAGUUCCCCUUGAGCUCACUAGAGAGGACGACGAUUCAGAUUCAAGCCUGGGCAAUACUCCGCCCGGGUCAUCGACACCGAGACGAGGCGAUGGACCUACCACUGAUCCCCUACGUAUCUACAAACGAUGUUGUCAGCUUCGUGAAACCACAAUCUUGAGUCGAAUGAAAGAACAAAUAUCGAAACCGUCUGCACAUCUGGCAGAAGCCCCAGGUACUGUGGCAGUCAUGGAUCUAUCCAACCACGCGAUGGUUCUCCAGGAUAUUGUCACCAUUGCAGACUGGCUCGCUGUUGUGCCGGUUCGGAAGCUCAUUCUCGACAAUUGUGGGCUCACUGACGAGGGUGUUCGAGUCAUUCUAUCAGGUCUGUCCAGUUGCAAAUCAGCUGAGCAGGCACGCAUGAACAGAAAGCUCCCCAAACGCCUGAGUGGCAAGCACGGCGUGGAGCAAAUGGGCGUCAUUGAAAGGCUGUCGCUAAAGGACAAUCCUGGCAUCACCAACUUGGGAUGGAAACACAUCGCCCUCUUCUUGCACAUGACGAGAUCGCUCCGAGCCAUUGAUCUCUCCGGGAUUCCCUUUCCCAAGGCUGGGGAGCUCUCGAGAACAACAUCGACCACCAGCAAUACGAGUGAAAAUCAGAACGAUUCAAAGACGGCCGAUCUGGGUACCUUGAUCAUCCAAGCCCUGUCUGAACGCCUGGGUGACAAAUUAGAGGAGCUGAUUUUGUCUGACUGCAAUCUCUCGACCUCCAAUAUUCGAGGCUUCAUUGACUGCGCCAUCAAAUGCAAGAUCCGGCGGCUGGGAUUCGCGCAGAAUAAGCUGAAAGAAGAGGCUGUAAGACACAUAGCCCGUUAUGUCAAGUCUGGUGUCUGUGAAGGACUGGAUCUUGGUGGCAACAACCUGCACGGAAUUGGACACAUUAUUGCUGAAGCCUCUGAAGAUGAAAACAACCCGCUUUUCGCUAUCAGCCUGGCAAAUUGCCAUCUCGAUGACUCGGAUCUUACGGCGAUUCUGACCCCAAUCACAAAACUCCAGAACUUCAAAUUCAUCGACUUGUCGCAGAACCACCAACUUUUUGAAGCCAAAUCCAAAGGUGUUGCAAUUCUCCGCAAACUGCUCCCCCGAUUUGCCUCUCUUCGACGGAUACAUCUCUGCGAUGUGGGCAUGACACCCGAUCAGGCCAUAGCGCUGGCCGAAAUCCUCCCAGACUGUCCUGAGAUGGCGCACGUGAGUAUCCUCGAAAAUGAACCACUGAUUCACGCAAUGAAUUCGAAAGAAGGGUCUGCGCAAGAAGAAGCCUGUGCCGUUUUUGCUUCGUUGAUGACAGCUGUGCGGGUGUCGGACACAAUUGUCGCUAUUGAAAUUGAAGUUCCCAGCGCCGAAAGCAGUGAAGUCAUCAAGGCUCUCGCGUCACAGGUGGUUGCCUACAGUCUGAGAAAUAUGGAACGAACCACGCUGAGUGAGGUCGGUGUCAAAGUUGCUCAAGGGUCAGACAAAGAUGCCCCUGAGAUUCUACUUCGCAUCGUUGGCAACUUGGAAGGACCCCCUGGCAACAACGAUGGCAGUGAUCCAGCACCUGACGAAGACUAUGUAAUAGCUUCGACAGGCAUUGUCAAGGCUCUGGGCAUUUGUCUUGGAAGUAAGGAGGUGGGAAGCCGUCCGGAUUCGAGAAACAUCACUCCUUCGCAGAGUGGCACAGCAACUCCCCGGCAAGGUUUGGCUAAGCGAAGGAGCAUCUCGAAACCGCGAGACGUGAGUCUGGAACUUUGUGAAAGUGCGAGGAAGAUUCGCACAAGACUGCGCCCCGUGUUGAUCAAGGAAGAUCAAGCUGGGAAUCACUCGAACUAUCGACGCUUGCUCAUGCUGGAUCAAACCCUACAACGAAUGAUUCAGCGCUUUGAAGAUGAAUACCCAGAAACCAAGAUUCCCGAGCUUCCACAGCCGACUUCGAAUGGUCUCCCAUCGCCCGACCCAUCCAAUGGAGAACUCACCUCGACUUCAUUUGACGAGCCUCGUGGAUCGCCAGGUACGGACCCGGCCAAAGGAUAUUUCCCUCAACAGGAUGGUGCCGAACCACAUCCAUUUAAGUUGUUGGCUCGAACACCGUCGAACACAUCUCUGGUAGCCAAGGCCUAUACAGAGGAAGAAGGGCGAAUGCAUCGAUUUGGACAGGGCAUGCGACGUGAAAUUCUCAACCCCACAGGACUAGACGACGAAUCUAGCAACGGGGAGGGUAACGGUUCGCAUGCUGACGCACUAGCAUCUCUUCGGGCGAGACUCGAAGGACUCAGAGGAGAAGAAAUACGGUUGAGAGUCGAGCACGACGGGGUGGAUAAUGUGAUUCGCGAAUUUGGCAUCAAUGCAAAGGAGCUCCUUGUGCUCAAGGAGCAGGACCCCGAGGGAUUCGAGGCAUUCCGGAACUCACAACUAGCUGCACAGAUCAAUGCAGGGCUCGUCACUCCGAACGGCGACCCCGUGCAGCGGGAUUGA